AUGAUGACAGAGAGGACUGUACUACGCAAAGAUCAACUUGAAAUCAGUCUCCACAAUGAGAAGAAGCUGAUCCAGGAGGGGACAAUCAAGGAUGACAACCCUCUUGAUCUGAGCGAGCCGUUUCGGGAACUUUGCGAAGCGUGUCGCAAGGGGGACCUGAAAGUCUGCCAGGAAAAGAUCACGGAAGGAGUUAAUGUUAAUGCUCGGGAUCCGUACGACUAUACUCCCCUGAUCCUAGCAAGUCUCUGUGGUCAUUACGAGGUUGCUCAGCUCCUUCUGGAGUCCGGUGCACUGUGUGAACGUGACACUUUCCAAGGAGAAAGAUGCCUAUAUAACGCUUUGAACGAUCGUAUACGGAAUUUACUGCUUGAAUAUGAUUAUUCAAAAUCUACCGAUCCCCUUCAGCCCCUUGCCGCCCAUGUAUCGUCGCUACUCACUCGAGAUCAACCUGGGACGUCUGAUAUUGUGGUGACAGCCGGUGAUGAGUCUCUGUAUUUGCAUAAGUUUAUACUUGCUGCACGUUCUCCAUACUUUCGGGGGAAAUUGGUAGCUGAUCCCAAAUCUACGACAUGGAAACUGCCGGGCACGAUCCCGCCGCAAGCAUUCGGGACGGCAAUCAAGUACCUUUACUUUGGAGAGGCUCCUCGCGACUUGAGAAGCGGGCCGGGGACGGGCUUUACAGAGUCAGAGGUCUUCGCAGGGAUCGACAGGAUCGCCAAGCACUUGGAGAUUCCGAGUCUGCUGGAUAGUAUCCUUGACAGCGGAGAUAGGAGGUUAGCCAGGCAGCGGAGGUCAAUGGAGCUUUCAAGAGGUCGAGAUCAGCUCGAAGAAUGGUUCCGGAAGAAUGUCCUUGGAAGUAAAAUAGAGGUCGAUUCCUCUAAGGUGGAUGAAAUCAGAUGGGACCGUCACAAUUGGAUCUUCGCUGAUGUUGUGCUUCGAGCCGACGAGCUCCCUGAAGACGAGGACGACAUUGGCGAUGGCUGCCAUUUGAAUGGCAAACAGCAAGACAGGAAAUCAGUUUUGUUCCCCUGCCACCGGGCCAUGCUACUUCGGUCCGAGUUCUUUCAAGCUAUGUUCUCGUCUACAUUCCGAGAGGCGCACUUGAAGGAGCAUCUGAACGUCAUACCUGUGGACUGUUCUCCUGAAGUUCUGGAGAUUGUGCUCACGUUUCUGUAUACGGAAAGGGCGGAUUUCCCGCUUGAUAUCGCUGUCGACGUUCUUUUCGCCGCUGAUAUGCUGUUCAUCGAGAAAUUAAAAACAAAGGCGGCGGUCGUUAUCAGCACACUCGGCAGCGGUGACAUGUCGCAGGCAGAAGCUGCAAGGACUCGGGGUACCAAGGAAGAAGAUGAGAUUGAUAUCUACGCCAUCAUCCGCGCUGCUUGGUUGACUCGAGUCCAGCGACUGGAGGAGUUCGCUGCACGUUAUCUUGCGUACAGAUUGGAAGCUCAUAUUGACUCACCUGAAUUCGCCGAAUUGAUUCAAGAGUCAGCAGCUCGUAUCAAGGCAAGACAAGAGACCGACUCCAUUGAGCUGUUAGACGACAUCCGGUUCUACUUGGGCGAGCGCUUCCGACUCAGAUUCGAUGAUGCUGGCCUGGAAGAGAUGAUGGAGGAGGAACAACGACAACAGCUGGCGGAUGCUAGUGGCGUCGACAAAGACUUGGUAGAGAUUACCGACAAAGUGGACGCAAUGGGCAUUCAGAGUCAGACUCUGCCCAUCGGCGCAGAAGCAGAGGUCGCGCCUGGUGAAAGGACUAGAGAACAGGGCCCCGUCAUCCGGACUCUGGAUGGAGAAAUCGCUGGCGAUGAAUUCAGCAAGGAUGCGAUCAACUAUCAGAUUCUCAUGGAAAAAUUGGAUCGCCUCUUGGAAGAGCUGAACUUGGAAGCUUGA